AUGGGGUUUAAUAUCUCAAAAUACGCGCUCUGUAUACAGGUCGGCCAGGCAGGCAACCAGGUUGGCGAGGCGUUUUGGGAUGCAAUUUUGCUUGAGCAUGGGCUGGAUAAAUCUGGUCAAUAUCACGGCAACAAUCCCCAGCAACUAGACCAUCUCGACGUUUACUUUACGGAGAUCGAGGGCUACGGCAGAUAUGUUCCUCGCAGUAUUCAAGUGGAUUUGGAAAGUGGUGUUUGCAACAGGCUUCGGAGUGGUCCUCUCGGCGCCCUGUUCCGCCCAGACACCUUUAUCAACGGCGAAAAUGGUGCCGGAAACAAUUUUGCUAAAGGACACUAUACUGAAGGGGCCGAGUUGAUUGAUACUAUCCUUGAAGUGCUUCGAAAGCAAGUUGAACAAUGUGAAGCGCUACAGGGGUUUCAACUCAUCCACUCGCUCGGUGGCGGUUCCGGCUCUGGACUUGGCUCGCUUCUGUUGGCUAAAAUCCGCGAAGAAGCCCCUGAUCGCAUGCUUGCGACAUUUUCCGUAUUCCCUUCGCCAAAGGUAUCGGAUACUGUGGUUGAGCCUUACAACACGGUACUCUCGUUGCAUCAGCUUGUUGACAACACAGACAUGACCAUCUGCGUUGAUAACGAAGCACUCUACGAUGUUACGCACAGGCUUAACCCUCAAGCACAACCCGAGUUCCAUCAGCUCAAUCGACUAAUUGCACAGGUGAUGACCGGUGUUUCAACCACCUUCCGCUUCCCAGGGCAGCUUAAUGGGGAUAUGAGGAAGAUGGCGUUGAACUUGAUUCCGUUCCCCCGCAUGCAUUUCCUUACGCCAAGUGUUGCGCCUUUGAGCUCUAUCAGUAGUCAAGCCUACGAAUCACUCAGCGUCCAAGAAUUGACCAAUGCGCUCUUUGAUCGCAAAAACACGCUCGUCGCUUGCAACCCCAGCUUCGGCCGAUACCUCACUGCUGCUACCAUCUAUCGUGGCAACAUAACUUCGCAAGAGGCUCAGACAGCCGUGCAACAACUGACGACCAAGAACUCGGCGUCCUUUGUAGACUGGAUUCCUGAUAACGUAUCUAUUUCCCUAUGCGAUAUUCCUCCUCCGGGGUAUAAGCGAUUUGGAACAUGCCUGGGGAAUAAUACCGCUAUUCAGGAAGUAUUCAAACGGAGCCAUGGCCAGUUCGCGGCGAUGUUCAAGCGAUCGGCAUAUCUUCACUGGUUCACUGCUGAAGGGAUGGAUCAGAUGGAGUUUACGGAAGCCGAGUCUAACUUGCUGGAUCUAGUUGCUGAAUAUCAACAGUACCAGGAUGCAGUGGCCGCGGAAGAUGAGGAAGUUGGCUACGGGCAAGAGGUCAACUAUGAACAGGAAUACGCGUCCGAGGUCCCGAGCGAGGCGUUUGAGGGCCAAAGCUAUGCUGAGACCGAGACCGACCAAUAA